AUGACGCCCGACGUUGACAAUAUCGUAAAACCUCUCUUGCUCCCCAAUGCUGUCUACAAUAACGUGGCACAAGCGCCAGGUUGGUCCCAGUACUGGGGAGUCUCCGAGUUAAGUGAGAUUCAUGAAAGAACGCAUGAACUGAUCGAGACUUACAAGAGAAAGCUCGUCAGUGUCGUUUUGGCCUUCAAAAAUGGCAAGAAGGCAUGUACGCAGUCAAUCUCCGGGGAAUUUAGUCGUGACUUCCGUGACAAAGUGAGGAAUCUGGGCCGCUUGGCUGAUGUCGAAUACGAUGCUGCUGGCCUUGUGCGGACCUUGUUGGCUCACGAACUCGUCCAGUCGAUCCUGUCGUCAUCUGACUGUCAUUACUUUGGCGCCAUUUUCGACCAGCCGAUCUGCCACGGCUUUGCCGAUGCCUGA